AUGGGCGGCGCUGCAACAUCAAGGGUAGUUACUAGCUCUGACAGAGUUGAGGUUAGAGCAGUUGUCGUACAGCCAGGCGAUAGUGAGUGGGUAACAGUGAUCGAGUGUGUUAUCGCGUCUGGCUGGUCUUUACCACCGUUUGUGAUCCUGUCUGGUAAGGCCCACCAGAGCAGCUGGUAUCGAAACUUCCCACCAGACUGGACUGUCUGCAUCUUAGAAAAUGGCUGGGCAACCGAUCGGCUUGGUGUAGAGUGGGUAAAGCACUUCAAUCAGCAUACGGCGGCUCAAAUAGCUGGAGUCUAUCGCCUUCUUAUUCUAGACGGCCAUAGCAGCCGCGCUACGCCAGAGUUUGACCAGUACUGCACAGAGAACAAGAUUGUCACUCCCUACAUGCCACUUCACACCUCUCAUCUCCUCCAGCCACUAGACUUAAUCUGCUUCUCGCCUCUUGAAUGCGCGCACGGACGCGAGAUUGAAGAACUUGCCUACCAAGGCGUCCAACACAGAUAG